UAUAUAUCAUCCCAACAUUCACUGAACGCCGUCUCUCUUGACACCUGAGAUAAUGAGUCACGCCCGUUGUCAGAUUCAGCCGUGCAGUACAGUUGUUUACUGAAUUUGAUCCAUUAUUGGAUAUCCGAUACAUUCAGAUCUAGGCACUGAGGUCAUAGUGCUAUACGCAAGGGCCCAAUUCUCAAGUCGUCGCCUACCCUGGUAGAACUCAGCAUGGAAGCACUUCAAGGGCUACGACCUUGCCAAAAGCGUCCUCGCGAUGACUAUGAUAGUGAUGAUAAAGACCUCCCCGUUGCAAAACGGCAAGGACUACUACCACUUCAUCCACUUGCGCAUCAUAGGGAUCCUACGACGUACCUUCACAAUGAGACAAAGCAGAAUGCCGGCCCUCAAGAAGUAUUUAAUCAUGAUAUUCAACAGUCACAGCAAGAUCUCGCCCAGCUGUCCACGGAUUCGUGCGCUCGUUUCCCGCAGUUCCGUAUGCUUCCCCCUGAAUUGCGUCGCCAGAUCUGGCGCGAGACCUGGGAGCAUCGGAAUGUGAAGUUGGCACGAAGAAUCAGUCUCGUCGCUGAUGCCCGUCAGGAGGGCCAACGAGAUACCGAUCUGAUUAUAUUUGCUUUACACCAUAGCCAUGUCACUCGGAAGCACUGGGAUAUUCGAGAACAUGAGAGCAACGACUGCCUCUAUUCACAAGGGCCCUACGCACAAGUGGCUCCCAAAAUAGUCACACACACACGCUCGACAACUCGACCCCCUGUAUCUCUAUGGGUGAAUAGGGAAUCUCGAGACGAGACAUUGAUGCGCUUCAAGCUGUCUCUUACGUUACCAGUCCUUUGUCCAUACAAUCAGAUUCGCGACAAGCCGUCCGAACUCUCUAAUAUUCGUACAUUUGUGUACUUCAACUUCGACCUUGAUAGAUUGGUAUUCCCCCUUCACAGCCCACUGUCCACUGCAUUCUCGCAACUUGACCUAAGCCGUCUACGACGAAUUUCUAUCCCAGAGUGGGGACCUGCUCUGCCCUUUUUUACUAAACGUAUUGGGCCAAACGAUCAUAUGCCACGACAUUUACUCCCGAAAAUCGACGACGAAGAUCAAGUAGUUCGCUAUGACGAGUUCAAGUAUGUCUGGCGACUACUAAGAAAAUGGUUCCCCUCCUUACGUGAGAUACAUCUCGACAAGUUCACCGAAUGCGAGCGCUACCAGACAACAUCCCGCCGUCAAGAAGGUACAUAUAGCGACCUUUAUCUGACGCGUGGAACCCCUAACUGCGACUUCUGCAGUAACAGCCAGUCUGCAAUUACGAGAUUCUUCCCUAGACUGGGUCGGAAAGACCAAUACGGGCCUCAGCAUGAUAUCGACUGCAUACUUGAAGGGCAUGGCAUUAUCCAACCCGUGUUCAAGAAACGGACGUUGACAAUCGGUAGAGUGAAGGGUGAGCGAGGCAAGCUAUAUGAAAAGGUCACCGUUACAUUCUGGGCUAUCCACGACGACGAUAAUCACAGUAACGUCGUUGACCUUCGCGAGCGAGGGAGAGAUUGGGCUUCAGUGAGAAGGCAGGUUGUCGCAAGAACGCUUGAGCGCGCAUUAGGACCACCGGUAAAAGGAGAGUACAUGACUUAUCACAUCAAUCCAGAGGCCAUUGAACGUGGUUGUUGGGAUGAGGAUGAUUAAGUUUCAUUUGGAGAUUUGCGAUAUUAGCAAGAAUAUGUGAAAGCUGGGAUGACUCUGCGAGUUUGAGACACAUCUAGUGUUUAUGAUAGUAAAUUACCUCCAUAUGCGUGUAGGCAAUGAAAUAAUCGAGAGGGUAAUGCUA